UAUGGGAAAGGUCCUUAGCGCGAAGAGAAUCUAGACGCAACCCUGAUUGGCGCCCUGGUGACAUCAUUCAUGUGCCCUCGGUGCGCGCACCUAGUGAUCGCUUGGUCGUCCUGACAGUGGCCGCUGUUGUUGGUGGGAGUGGCCGUGAAGCAGGGGGAGCAGCAGCAGAACUUGAAAAACAAUGGCAGCAGACGCUUCCGCGGAGAUGUUUUCUAAAGUGAUGGAGAGUCAGUUAUUACAGACUACCAAACUGAUGGAGGAGCAGCUGGAUGCACAGCUAGAUAAGCUAGAUAAGAUGGACGAAGAUGAAAUGGAACAUCUGAAAGAAAAGCGUCUGGAAGCUUUAAAGAAGGCUCAGCAACAAAAACAGGAAUGGAUAUCCAAAGGGCAUGGUGAAUACCGAGAAAUACCCAGCGAGAAAGACUUCUUCCAAGAAGUGAAGGAAAGUAAAAAUGUUGUCUGUCAUUUUUACAGAGACUCUACUUUCAGAUGUACGAUCAUGGACAAACAUUUGGCUUUGCUGGCCAAGAAGCAUAUUGAAACAAAGUUCCUGAAACUGAGUGUGGAGAAAGCCCCUUUCCUAAGUGAAAGACUCCGCAUAAAAGUCAUCCCAACUCUGGCAUUGGUGAAAGAUGGAAAGACAAAAGAUUACGUGGUUGGGUUUACUGACUUGGGCAAUACAGAUGAAUUCACCACUGAGACUUUGGAAUGGAGACUUGGCUGCGCUGAUAUCAUUAAGUACAGUGGAAAUUUAAUGGAACCCCCAUUCCAAAGUCAGAAUAAAUCUGGCAGUAAAUUCAAGAAACUGGAAAAGAAGACUAUACGAGGAAAGACGUAUGACUCAGACUCUGACGAGGAUGAUUAGAUACGGCCCUUUACCGGACAUGAUUCACGAAGAAGGCUCCAAGAUCUGAUAGGUCACACAAUUAUCAUUACAGUUUUGCAGACACAUUGGUCUCUAAAUUAGUCACACAAGCUUUGUUUCUUGCUUGAAGUUAGCACUUCAAAGCAUUGGAAUUAGAUUUGCACUAAACGGUCUAUUAAAUGCAAGUUGUUUCUAAGAGAAAAAAAACAAAGUUUUUUACUUUGGGCCAAAAUAUUCAUGUACUACAAAACAAAAAUACAGUAAUAUUAUCCCAUCAAUGAUUACAGAUUAUGUAUUUUUAUGAAAAGCUUCAUUCAUAUGGCAUUUGAGGAGUCUGCACUUCACUUCAAUUUAUUACAUUAAUAACAUUUAUACCUUUUUGUAGUCGUUUACAUAGCAGGUUGUUCCUAAUUGUGUGCACCACAGUAGAAUGUUUUUGUAGACAUGUGAUGGUUUCCCCCAUAUGGGAGUGGAGUGAAAAUUUGUAACCUGUUUCAAGUUGCAUUCAUUUAUUCCAAGGAUGACAUUCUUAAAAGAACAACGGGGCCUUAUUAGAUAUAUCAGCAUCACAAUGAAAAUCGUUUUUCAUGUUAAAAUAUUCCUUUUUUUACACACAAUUUGAAAUAAUAAAGUUUGAAGCAGAGGAACUCA